CACGAGUCAGGUUAGGUUAGCUAUAGUUUGUUUUGUUGUCCGGUUUUACCUUGAAAAUUAGUUUACAAAAUCUUCUAUUUUCAAUAAUUCAAAGGGGCAGUGCUUUUUAACGGUUUGUUGCUUUUUUGCAGCACAUAAUCACAGUCAAGAUGGAACCAAACGAAAAUGACUUUAGUACCAUAAAUGAGAGAACACCACUGCUCGAAUCAUCAAGUCACACUAUGGCAGAGAAAGUAGGUGUAUCACAACAAACUCUCGUAUCGGAUACUAAUCUCGAUGGACAAGCUCGGAAAUUACCUCAAUAUGCUGCUGGACUUGCAUCGACACUCGGCGCAAUGGCAGCAGGAAUGGUACUUGGCUGGACGUCACCAGCUGGUUUAACUGUUGAAGGCACAAACAUUACAAAAUUAGCCCACGAAUAUGAAAUAUCAAUAUCGAGUGAAGAAUUUUCAUGGAUUGGCUCAUUGACGACACUUGGUGCUGCUGCAAUAUGUGUACCAAUUGGAAUUCUCUCGGACAUAAUAGGAAGGAAAAUUUCUAUGCUAAUGCUUGUAGUUCCCUUCACAAUCGGUUGGGGUCUUAUAAUUGGAGCGAAUUCAGUGGCAUUAUUUUAUGCCGGACGUUUUAUACUCGGUGUGAGUGGUGGAGCAUUCUGUGUCGCUGCUCCCAUAUACGCUGGAGAAAUUGGUCAGAGUGAAAUACGAGGGCAACUUGGAUCUUAUUUUCAAUUGAUGAUGACAGUUGGUAUUCUCCUCACUUACGCGCUAGGAAUGGCUGUGGAUAUAUUAUGGUUGUCUGUGAUCAGUGCCAUUGUACCAAUAAUAUUCUUCGCUGCAUUUAUUUUCAUGCCAGAAUCACCGACAUAUCAUCUGAUGAAGGGGAAUAUGGAUGCUGCACGAGCUAGUAUGGCUAAACUCCGAGGACCUGACUAUAAUGUCGAACCGGAAUUAUUAACCCAACAGGAGACACUUGACGAAAUGAAUAGAAACAGAGUAUCAUUCCUCACAGCCAUAAGAUCCAAGGCUGCUAAAAAAGGACUUAUUAUCGCUUUUGGUUUGAUGUUCUUCCAACAACUUAGUGGAGUGAACGCAAUUAUUUUCUAUGCUGGAAAAAUUUUUGCCGCCGCUGGAAGUUCAAUGUCUUCGGAAGUUUCUACAGUCAUCGUGGGUGUAAUGCAAUGUGUUGCUGUAUUUGUAAGCACACUAAUUGUCGAUAAACUAGGAAGAAGAAUUUUACUUCUAAUAUCAGAGGUUGCAAUGUGUUUAACAACAUUAAUUGUUGGAGUUUUCUUUAUUUUACAAGAACAAAAGCAGGAUGUGAGUGCAAUUGGCUGGCUACCAUUGACUGGUGUUUGUCUUUUCAUUGUUCUUUUUUCCCUUGGAUUUGGACCAAUACCAUGGAUGAUGAUUGGAGAAGUAUUUUCAUUGCAAACAAAAGGAACGGCCGGAAGUGCCGCGUGUUUAUUUAAUUGGUUAAUGGCAUUUAUUGUAACGAAAUUUUUCAGUAACUUAACAGAAUCAUUUGGCAAUGGAGCGACAUUCAUCAUAUUUUCAGUAAUAUGUGGAAUUGGAGUUGUUUUCGUUUAUUUCCUUGUGCCAGAGACAAAGGGAAAAACGCUACAAGAAAUUCAAUCAGAAUUGGAGGGUAAUUAGACGAUAUGUAUAUAUAUGUUUUAAUCUUGGACAAUGUUCAUCUUGAAACCAAAAGAGUAAAUUAUGUAUAUAUUGAAUUUUGCAAAACAAAAGAAUACGAAAUUAACAUCUGGAAAUUAGGACAAAUGUGAUAUAAAUGUAACAUAUGUGUGUAAUUACUUUUGUUUGAAGAUUUUUAAAUGACUUUU